AUGUCGUUCUUGGUUGACUCCAUUCUGAAGCUCGUGGACUACGUGCCUUUGUUCCUCGCCAUAACUAGCGUCAUCGUUCUGGUCUUUUGGCGGCCGUCCGUCCACCUUGAUCCGGCAGAACCACGUCUUCUCAGGCCGAAAAUCCCAUACAUCGGUCAUGCAAUUGGAUUCCUGAGACACCAAACAAAGUACUUGGCAAUCCUAAACAGCCAAGUUUCGCAGCCAGCGUACACACUUCCCGUUCUCAACAAGAAAAUCUACGUCGUCACCUCCCCAAGCUUGCUCCAAAGCAUUUUCCGGUCGAAGGAGCUGUCUUUCGAACCGUUUAUGCUUCAGUUCUCCCAACGCUUGCUUGGCGUUUCGGACAAAGUCAUGGAACCAACAAGACGCGAACCAGAAGAUGCAAAGGCGCCAAGCUUCGUGCAACAAGUUAUCAAGGAGAUUUACACUUCGCUUUCUGGAGAAAGUCUUGUCGAUAUGAAUCUGAGUACAUUGAAUGGGUUUGCAUCCGUGCUCAAUGGUAUCAGUGAUGCAUGUUCAGUGGACGGUCUGUACAGGUGGCUUCGGUCAACUUUGACACUUGCGACGACGGAUUCCAUUUUUGGCUCCCACAACCCCAUGAAAUUGCAGCCAGAAUUGAUUGGCUUAUAUUGGGACUUUGAAAGCAACCUGACCCCACUUCUUUUGGACUUUGCCCCAUCUCUUCUGGCCCCGACGGCGCACCGUGGGCGGCAAGCCAUCAAAGCAACUCUGAGUAAGUACUACGUUGCACAACAUGACUUGGAACCUGACGUCGCCCGGAUAACCAAACAACGAGCUGUUCUCCUUCGAAAGUACGGAAUGUCGGAUCACGAUGUCGGCGAGUUCGAGCUCGGUCUUCUCCACGGAGCACUUGCAAACACACCACCAAUCCUCUUUUGGCUGCUUGUACACAUCUUUGCUUCAGUUUCUGUCACGGCUGCUAUCCGGAACGAGCUCCUAGGCCUCACCUCUACGCCUGCUGAUGGCAAGCGAGAAGUGUCUAUCAAGAUCACAACAUUCGAGUCUCAGUGUCCAAUCCUUGUCUCAGCCUACCGGGAAACACUCCGUCUGACUAACUCUCACAUCGGUGUUCGCAGAGUGAUGACCGAUACUUGGAUCUCCGACAGCAAUUCCACAUACCUGCUCAAAGCUGGCGCGGACAUUCAGAUGCCAGCUGAGAUCACGCAUCUGUCGUCGAACACCUGGGGUCCGACGGCCAAGGAAUUCGAUGCUGGUCGUUUUCUCAAGCCCAAAUGCAGGGGGGCUAAGGAAAACCAGGAUCUCAAGGACAAGAUGAAAGCAUAUCAUCCGUUCGGAGGCGGCAAGCAUUUGUGUCCUGGUAGGAAUAUCGCGUUUGCGCCAUGCUUGGGUGUGGUUGCGGUCCUACUAUUGGGUUUCGAGGUGAAGGGUAUAAAUAACGAAUUAGUGGAAGUUCCGGACAUUAGAAGUGUGAAAUUUGGAGAAGCAGUUGUUAAACCUUUUGGAGAGGGACUGGAGAUGGGAGCGUUGAUCACGAGACGUAAAGGUUGGGAGAAAGUUAUGUGGAAAUUCGUUUGUUGA